UCGUCGUCGUCGUCGUUUGACCUUCGCUCUAAUUCGACUCACGUUUGACAUGAUUUCGGCAACAUGAAGUUCACCCGGACUGCAGCGUGAGCUACAAAUUCGGAUCUUUUAAAUGGUGUCGACGCACAGGGUAUUGCCUGAGUAAACGAAGGAAGGGAACAAUGGUGAAAUAUUUCUGCUGCGCAGAUUUGCUCAAAAACACCUGGGACCAAGUUUGUGUUGCUUUUUGGCAACGAUAUCCCAACCCUUACAGUAACCAUGUCUUGACCGAAGACAUCAUUUUCCGAGAGGUAACUCCAAGCAACUGCCUCAUUUCCAGACGUCUGUUGACCAAAACUAGCCGCUCGCCUCGAUGGAUGGAGCGAUACCUUCCAAAGCACAUGGCCAGCUCAGCGUACAUCAUAGAGGACUCCAUUGUGGACCCUAAGAAAAGGACCAUGACAACACUAACAUGGAACAUCAGCCACGCUCGCCUCAUGUCGGUGGAAGAGCGGUGCCACUACCGAAUCAACCCUGAAAAUGGCGGCUGGACUGAGAUUAAAAGAGAAGCUUGGAUCUCUUCCAACGUCUACGGGCUUUCUAGAGCCAUUCAGGAAUUCGGUCUCGCUAGGUUCAAAACUAGCGUUACAAAGACCAUGAAAGGCUUUGAAUACGUACUCGCCAAAAUGCAAGGUGAACCUCCAUCAAGAACCUUAGCAGAAACGGCCACAGAGAAGGCGAGAGAGACGGCGCUGGCAGCUAAAGAGAAGGCCAAAGACCUCGCAUCGCAGGCCCAGAAGAAACAAUACGUUUGACGAGCUACUUGAAGGACGAUUGGCUCCGCAGCCACUGAUAGUGAUGGGGGACGGGUGUAUUUAUCGACUCCCCUCUCAUUAUUCAGUCAGGGGUGAGACAAACCGAUCCCGGUCGUGGUUAAGACACCUCUGUGAGGGAGCAUCCAUCUGUAAUGGGGUGGUGGACCAUGGAAGGCCUGAACCCAGUUGAAGGACCUUUUCCAGCCUCCUCGUUCAUGCUAGUUUAUCCCACCUCUGUCACCACAUCAUCUCAGUAUUCUCCAGAGAUCUCAGAAAGGAAUUGAAGGUGCCAUUAAAUAACAAUAGCCAGCUCUGACUCUCCUGUGCCCACCAACAAUGUUUGCGCUUUAUCCUGUUUCUUUGAACGUGUCGUUUUGUCACAGUCACCCCUUCUUUACAGCUUCUUGUCCGGUAGCUAAAGGUUAGCACAUUUCUAAUUAAUGUGCUUAAUGUGUAAUUAAAAUGUAAUUUGUUUCACUUGUGUUGUUUUGAUGUUAUCUUUGGUUUGUCAUCCGUUCAAUGUCUAGAGUAUAGAGGCUGGGUGACUGAAUAACGACCUAUAUUGGUUUCAAUCACAGCUUAAUGACAAACUGGCACUUUGGAUUCCUGAUACUGUGGUCAGAGCUGGAAAUGGAUGUUCAUGAAUUCACAUAAAUUGAAAGUGUAUGUAGCUUAGGCCUGUGCAUACAACCCGUUCAACAAUGUAUUCUUAUUCUAAUAAUAGAAUAUCAACUUGUCAAUAAACGGACAUGUUCUUUCUAAUGA